AUGUCGGUGAAUACUGUGUGUGAGAACUCGAAUACAUCAGUUAUUGCUGCUCGCUUAAGAGAAGCGUACGCCGUGGUAGAUAGUGAUAGCGGUGUGCUUCAUACAUCUGCUCCCACAACGCACAUGACAUCUUCCUCUCUUCUAUUAGAGAAAUAUCCACUUCUACGUGAACUCUUUACGGUAACACUUAAUCUUGAAGUGUUGUUGAAGCCGCGUGAUAAGGAGGAUCUUAUUACUAUUCGAGAGAAACAUCUUAAGUGGUAUGAUAUGAUAUAUAAUUCCCUUGGAUGGGUGUAUGAUAUUCGAGAUCUCCUGCGGUAUUGGGUAAAGGGAUUGAUAGUAUAUGAAUUCCGUGAGAUCAAUAGAUGUAUGAAUGAUGAUGAUAAUAAUAAUCAAUAUGGAGAAGAAAGGAAGGAAAAGAAAGAUGAAAGAGUAUUACGGGCAAUUCAUCAGGCAGUGGAAUUGUCUGAGGCACUGCGUCGUCUUCCACGUCUCGUGUAUUUUCUCUUUGGAGAGAAGGAAUAUGUAAAGAAGAAAGAAGAACUUGAUCAAGUAUUAAAAGAUGCAAUAGUGGAUAGUUGUAAUAACUCAGAUAUGAUUUGUUUGCUGAAACAACUAUUAAUGGGCUCUCUACAAUACAGUCUAAAGUCUAUACAUGGCUUAAACACGUCUUUGUAUAAUAGAAACUCAAAUCAAGAUGAAAAUUAUCAUUCUUAUAGUAUUCAACAACAACAACAACAACAACAACAACAACAACAACAAGAGUCUUUACUAAAGUCUAUUACAGACAUUUAUACACUUAUUCAACUCUUUACAUUAGAUAAGAAUCGUGAAGAAGAUAUUGCUAUGUUGGCCAUUUACAGAGGUGUUGUGCUUGGAUGUCAACAGUUAUUCCCAAGAGAAUUGCUAUUAGGAUUACUGGACCCCAACACCAGUAAUGAAGCUCGUCAACGAUUUCUUCUCAUCACAUGGCCUCAAUACUGGAAAUAUCAAGUGGCUAUUAUAUCAGGACUUCCAGUUCCAGAUAAGACACUAGUAAAAGUUAUCCUUCUACAACUUAUAUUUCUUUGGGAAGUGGGUAGAAACAACAAUAGUGUUUCUAUAAGUACAUCUCAAAACCUUCGUGUGGAUUUACGUCGUCUUUAUCUUUUCCAUUUGCUUUUACAAAUACUUAUUCCUAUCUUUGAUGCUUUAUUCCAUAUAGAUAACUCUAAUGAGGGAUGUUUAUUAACCACUACCCCAAAUAGUAAUGGGGCAUCAUUAAAUACAAAAACACGAACCACAGAAGAAGGUUCACUCGCACAGUUAUUGGAUAUUAUUAAUGGUAUGAAAAAUAUGGAACUCCCACGUCGACGGAUGUUUAGUUUCUGGAAUGAUUUAGGUAUUGGUCCUCCACUUCCAUCUCGUACCCCAAAUGAUAUUGGAUAUGUUGUGAUCGCAGAUAUCUGUAAGGAACUAGUGGAUAAGAAACUCUCAUUUGCGGUGAAUUAUCUUUUAACACAUACAGAUAUCUCUAAUGAGGAACGGUGGCCGCGGCUGCUGCGAUAUCUUCUCCGAAUGGAACUUGUGUUUGAUCGUCUGAGUAAUAUUGGACAUUUAAAACCGUAUCUUAUCAAUAGAAAUAGCCCCACCAUUACCAGUACUACUACUAACAAUAAUAAUAAUAAUAAUAAUAAUAUACGCACAGGUGAGGGUUGUUUCUACACUAGUGUAAAGAAUGCCUUCCAUAAUCAUAACCAUCAGAAAAGUGAAAUCCCUACACUUAUUGAUUUCUUUAUUGACAGUAUUCACAUGUAUCUCAUCUAUGGUGGAUCUCACGGUAUGGAGAUGCGACGUGGUGGUCGGGCCAUACCCUUAUCCUUAUCCUUACAACUAAAGAAUGAUGAGGAAUUACUUUCUGUAGUUCGAUUUGCAUUACGUAUAUCCUCACCAGAUAAAUUUCUACGUGUAUAUAAGGAACUUCUCACAUCUCGAUUACUUUUACUUGCCACAGAGGGAAAUAACGCACGUGAUCGUGAUGUAGAUGCCUCUUCUCUUUUACGUGAGAAAAUACAAAAAGAACUCCUUGUUUGUAAAUAUCUAAUUGAACUAUGCCCACUGGAACGGGAUGAGAUAUCGCAAUUGAUUCAAAUGUGUAAUGAUAUUGGCUCUACAGAUAAUGUACAAGAGGCUUAUCAGCAAGAAGAAUUAAAAAAACAAACAAAACCAAUAAAAGAAAGAGGUAAUGGAAAUCUUAUUAAAUUAAAUGUUCGUUUUCUCUCAUGGCUUGCAUGGCCUUCAUAUCCCAAUCUCUCUGGAGUCCCACAUUCCUUACAAAUCGCUAUGGAUCACUUUGCGGCUUUCUAUCAUGCACAACAUCAUAAUAGACAUCUGGUGUGGCUUAAAACUUCUCUAGAGACUAUUAUCUUCACAGUGGCAUUUCCAAAAGGUAAUAAAACCUUUACGGGAUCUCUGGAGCUUUUUACUAUUUUUCAUACACUUGGUGAGGCGGGAUGUACUGGCAUCACGUGGACACUACUCGCACAGAAGAUAGGGAAAGAACAGAAUGUACUCCAGCGGGAACUGCGAAAACUCAUUGCUGAUGGUUUCUUUAUAUUGAAACAAGAGAAGAAUAAUAAAAAUGUUAAUAAUAAUAAUAAUAAUAAUAAUAAUAAUAAUAAUAAUAAUAAU